UGUCAAGUAAACAGUGGAAGAUAAGUCAGGACUUGCCAUGUUUUAUGUAGAUACUGCCUUUUCUCUGUCUUCUUGCAUCCACAUUGCCAUUUUAAGAAUCUGGGUUUCUCUAGAACAAUUAGUUACAAGGACAGAACUUUGGAUCUGAAGAGGAUUGAUUUGUAGAUGAAAGUAAAACAGGUGACUGCACAUCAGGAGUCUUGGUCUAAAUGGGUCCAGUCAUGCCUCCCAGCAAGAAGCCGGAAGGUUCAGGAAUCAGUGUUUCCAAUGGACUGAGCCAGUGUUACCCAGGAAGCGCUUUAACCAAGGACCUCCAGGAAGCUGAGGAGCUAGACUUAGCACUGCCCACCAUCAAAUUGGAAAAAGGGGCCAUGGAAGAUGAAGAGUUGACAAACUUGAACUGGCUUCACGAGAGCAAGAACUUGCUCAACACUUUUGGGGACACUGUUCUGCGGAGUGUGAGCCCUGUUCAGGAGAUUGAUGACGAUACCCCUCCUUCCCCCGCACAUUCAGACCUGCCCUAUGAUGCCAAGCAGAAUCCAAACUGCAAGCCUCCAUAUUCCUUCAGCUGCCUCAUAUUCAUGGCCAUCGAAGAUUCUCCCUCCAAGAGACUGCCAGUAAAGGAUAUUUACAAUUGGAUCCUUGAACAUUUCCCUUACUUUGCUAACGCCCCCACCGGGUGGAAAAACUCUGUCAGACACAACCUGUCGUUGAAUAAGUGUUUUAAGAAGGUAGACAAAGACAGAAGUCAGAGUAUUGGGAAAGGUUCAUUGUGGUGCAUAGAUCCGGAAUACAGACAAAAUCUAAUUCAGGCAUUGAAAAAGACACCUUAUCAUCCAUACUCCCAGGUGUUUAAUACACCUCCCACAUCUCCUCAGGCAUAUCAAAGCAUGUCAAGCCCACCUAUUUGGCCAGGGAGUCCAUUCUUCAGAAAAAAUGGAGUUCUUUUACAAGAUCCUGACAUUGAUGCUGCCACUACCAUGAUGCUUUUGAAUACUCCAGACCUAUCAGCUACUUUCCCUCAGGGAGUAAUCCAGAAUGGAGCUCGUAUUCUGAGCCGAGGAAUGUUUACGGGCAUCAGACCACUGCCAAUCAAUCCUAUAGGAAGCAGGGCAGCUGCAGUAAGGAAUGUACUUGCUAACUGCCGGAUGCGAAGCGACAGUGAGCCGUCCUGUGGUUCUCCUGUCGUAAGCAGCGACCCUAAAGAGGAUCAUAACUACAGCAGCGCCAAUUCUUCCAAUCACAGAAGCACCUCUCCCACCAGCAACUCAACCUCAUCUACAGACGACCAUUACGACUUCGCUGCGAAGGGCAGCCGCGAUGGCAGCGAAGUGAGCGAGGGUAGUUUCCAAAGCAAUGAAAGCCACAGCGAAACUGAGGAAGAGGACAAAAAAAUGAUUAAAAAGGAGACCAAGGAUUCUCUUGCUGACAGCAGCUGUUUGGUGCAGCACAAGAAAAGGCAACAUUUGACAAAAGCUAAACAAAAAGUUUCCAGUGAUACUCUGCCUUUAAAAAAGAGGCGCACGGAGAAACCACCCGAGAGCGAUGACGAGGAGAUGAAAGAAGCAGCCGGCUCCCUCCUUCAUCUGGCAGGGAUUCGCGCCUGUUUAAAUAAUAUCACCAACAGGACGGCAAAGGGGCAAAAAGAGCAAAAAGAGUCUAUGAAAAGUUAGGACUGAAACAUCAGUUUUAAUGGAAUUUACUAUUUUUUUUUUCAGGACAUCAGGUGAAUUCUAAUGAUUUGUGGCAAUAUCAACAAUCACUUUGUUUUCCUAUAUUUUUAAAGCCUUUUUUUUUGUUUUGUUUUUUGUUUUUGUUUAUUUCUUUGUUUUGUUUAAAGGAGCUUAAAGCCAUAGCAAAACUUUUACUGAUGCUCACAUCAUUUAGAAACAGACUUUUGUCGACCUGAAAAUGAAAAAAAUUAAUUGGCCAUAUUCUUGGGACACAAAUCAUUCUAUGUGGGACACAAAACAAAUUUACGAUCUUGAUUAAAGUAAAAAACUAAAGUGAUAGCAAUCCCUCUAAUUCAGCAAAGUAAAGUUUUUGCACAGUUGUGUGGACGUUUAGCUGUAUCAAUGUGUACGUGUUGGAAGGAGACAGUGAUACAUGAUUUGUCGUGUUGUGGAUAUUUCUAUUAUGAAAUGCAUGCAAAAAUAAGCAGCACUAUGCCCAGUGUCUUUAUUUGUGGCAUAUGGUCAAGAAACAGUAGUUCCAAUUUUUUUUUUUU